UGUAGAGUCACUGUGGCUUGCUCAAGACUCUCUGGAACGAAGAUACAGCUCUAAGGUAAUUAUGAAGUUGAUCAUUUCUACUGAUGACCUGAUCAAUACUUCUAUUUUAGUAAGAAAUAGCACUCACUUUUCAGCUUCUGCCUCAGACAUGAUUAUUGCCCUUUCUUUGUUCAUGUCAUCUAUAGUCGGUACCAUCACCAACGGCCUCUAUCUAUGGGUGCUAAAAUUCAAGAUGAAAAAGACAGUCAAUACCCUCUGGUUUUUUCAUCUCAUUUUCUCAUAUUUUAUUUCGAUAUUGACUCUGCCAUUUUUGGGCAUCUACUAUCUUCAGGACCAUUACUGGAUCUUUGGAACAGCAUUGUGUAAGGUCUUCAAUAGCACUUUGUCUCUGGGGAUGUUCGCCUCUGUUUUCUUCCUCUCUGUCAUCAGUCUGGAUCGUUAUCUUCUCACUCUUCACCCAGUGUGGUCCCAGAAGCACCGAAACCCACGCUUUGCUUCCAACAUUAUCCUGGGAGUCUGGAUAUCUGCUACUGCCCUCAGCUCACCUUAUUUGGUUUUCAGGGAGACACAUCAUGACCAGAAUGGAAAGGUGACCUGCAGAAAUAACUAUGCUGUGUCGGCUAACUGGGAAAGUGAAGAGAUGCAAACUUUAAGGCGACGGAUUCAUGCAACCUGUUUCAUCAGCCGCUUCUUGCUGGGCUUCCUUUUACCUUUCUUCAUUAUCAUCUUUUGUUACAAAAGAGUAGCCAGUAAGAUGAAAGAGAGGAGCCUGUAUAAAUCCAGAAAGCCCUUCAAAGUCAUGAUGACUGCUAUUAUCUCUUUCUUUGUGUGUUGGAUGCCCUACCAUAUACACCAGGGCUUAACUCUCACUACGACGAACCAGUCACUCCUUUUAGACUUGAGUCUGAUAGUUACAGUGGUAACCAGUUCUUUCAACAGUGUCUUUUCUCCCACACUCUACCUAUUUAUUGGGGAGAAUUUCAAAAAGGUUUUCAAGAAGUCCAUUUUUGCUCUGUUUGAGUCAGCAUUCAGUGAUGAUUCUUCUGCAGGAAAGACGCAAAACCUAAAUUCGCAAGUGGAAAUUUAAAUUCUAGAUACUUAAACAUGGACUUGAUUUAUACCACUAGAGCUAUACCCUCUGCCUUUAUAUCCUACACUCCUUAUAUUAGAGAAACAUUAGGUGACAUUAGGUUGUACGAUAGUUAGAUCUAUGAAUAUUAAAAGAUCUCCAAGGAAACAGGAAAUAGGUCAUGUUGCAAAUGUGAGUUGAAACUUUUUAAUUGUGGUAAAAUAUAUGUAACAUAAGAUUUGCCAUUUUCACCAUCUCAUUUGUAUUAGUU